UUCAAAAAGUUGCGAAUUGUACAUUUAGUAAUAUGUACUAAGUGUAGUAGUUACUAUUAUAGUGCAAAUUCAGUUAUUUUUAGAAUGUCGAGUUUGUCAAAAGCCCCGUCUUAUUCUGGUAGAGAAGCAGCUAAAGUGGCAGUAGCAACAAAUUUUUACAAUGAUGUUUUCUAUAACAUGAAUUUUCCAAAACGUGGACUAGCCUUAAUAUUUAAUCACGAACAAUUUGAAAUACCUGGGCUUGAAAAUAGACCUGAAUCAAGAAUUGAUCGUGAUGCGUUAGAACUACGCCUACGUGCGUUAGAAUUUGAAGUAGAAGUGCUUGAUGAUAAACGUGUCGAGGAAAUCCAAGAUAAAAUUAGCGAAGUUGCAUUUGAUGUAAAUCACUCCGAUCAUGAUUGUUUGUUAGUUGUUAUAAUGACUCACGGAAGAUGUGGAAUUCUCACUGCUAAAGACGGUGAAUAUAAAUUUGACGAUAUUUGGACAAAUUUUACGGCAGAUAAAUGUCCAUCACUAGCCGGGAAACCAAAAAUAUUUAUCACACAAGCUUGCCAGGGUUCCAAAACUCAGAAAAUGGUAACGAUGGAACGAGCUGAGCAUGAUGGAUCAAUAUUGAAUUAUACUAUACCCACACAUGCUGAUUUCUUAUUUGCCCAUUCAACAAUUCCUGAUUAUCGUGCUUUUAGAAGAGAGGGUUUUGGAUCAUGGUACAUACAAUCACUGUGUAAAGAAUUGGAAUUAAAUGGAAGAACUCAUGAUUUUGUUACGUUGCUGACUUUUGUUUCAAGACGUGUGGCAAUAGAAUUUCGAAGUUACGUUCCUCAAAUUGAAGCGUUAAAUGAAAGAAAGCAAACACCUUGUUUUGUUUCUGUAUUAACUCGUCUUGUUAAAUUCACAGAAAAGAAUCCCAGAUAAGCCGAGUAAUUAGAUUAAUUUUUUUAUUGGUCAAUAUAAUUGAUUAAUGAUGAUUAAAGAAUUAGUUAUAACGAGGCUUGGAAGCAACCAAACAUAUAAAUAAAAUGUCGCGUAAAUUUAAAAACUCUUAGCUGCAGAAUGUUGUGAAAUUUUGGAUGUAGGAUAGCUAAAGUAACAUUUAGUUACGUAUCUCCUUUUCCACACUCCCUUGUACGUAGUGAUAUCGGAAAUUUUUGAUUUUCAAAUUUAACUAGAUGUUAACAUCCAUAUCCUAAAUUUAUUUCGACAACUUUAUAAUCGUAUAAGCCAAUCAAAUUUUAAACUUAUGGUUGCAGAAAAAUAUCCAAUAAAUUCUAUGAAAUUA